AUGGCAUCAACUCUAGCAUCUCCGCUGGUGAUGGGCGGUGCAGGUUUCAGUUAUCAACUCAACCCAAACCCUGAAUCCCUUCCAAUUGUAGACAUCCUCCUGCGCGCUUUCGAACUUGGCGUGCGCACCAUCGACACUUCUCCAUACUACGAGCCCUCGGAGCAGCUCAUGGGAGCCGCCCUAUCUGACUCACGCAUUACUUCCAAAUACCAGCGAAGCGACUAUGAACUUAUGACCAAAGUUGGCCGCAUCAAGGAGAAUGAAUUCGACUACUCACCAGAUUGGAUUCGCCAAUCUGUGGCCCGAUCCAUGGAGCGCUUCCAGUCGUCGUAUCUGGAUGUUGUCUUUUGUCACGACGUCGAAUAUGUUUCCAUAGACGAGGCAGUGACGGCUGUUGGUGUUCUCUUCGAGUUUCAACGCGCGGGCAUUGUUUUGCGUGUCGGCAUUUCAGGCUACGACAUCGAUGUCCUGGCAGAAGUGGCCAUGCUCGCGCAGAAGCGUUACGGGCAGCCUGUAGAUGUUAUUCAGACAUGGGCUCAGCUCACUCUCCAAAACACGGAAGCAGAAACCCGAGGCUUUCCUCGGUUCCGCGCUGCGGGUGUAAAGUCAGUCUUUUGCUCAAGUCCCUUGGCAGUCGGUCUACUCAGGACUGGCGGCAUUCCCUUGGGCUUGACUGGUGACUGGCAUCCUGCGCCCCAAGGCUUGAGGGCUGCUGCGGCUGAAGCAGCGCAGUGGGUAGAUGAGCAUGGAAAGGGGGAGACACUUUCAUUCCUCGCGAUGCAAUAUGCCAUUAUCAAGGCUACGCAGAAUUGUACCCCAUCGUUUGCGGUGUCUACGAUCACAGGAAUCUCCGCUUUGUCCGACUUGGAACAGAACGUGGCGGCUGCCAAGACAAUUCUCAAAUCUGCAAACGCAUCUGAAAGUUUGAAGGACUAUACUGAGCUUGAUAUCCAGGCGGUGGAGAGUCGUUCUGAAUUGUAUGAGCGCGUUCGAUCAAUGCUUGGGACCUGGGUAGACUACGACUUCACAGGGAAGAAGGCGAAGGAAUAA